ACAAUUUAAUUGAAAUAUGUUCUCCCUUUGUAAAAUGAUUCUCUUUUUAUCUUAAAACGCUAUUAUGAGUCAUCCAAAGUGUAUGGGAAAGGAAGUGUAUUUGUAUUCGUAAUAAACGAAUCAGCCAAUCAAUAGGUACCGAUAUAAUAUUACAGAAAUGAAAUUGAAUCUGUGACUAAAAAUAUUUACGUUUGUCUGUGCUGUGAUAAAUAUUUUUAUGUUCUAUAUUUCUUAUCUACAUUUCUACAGAUAAUCGCUUAUUGUGCACAAAAUUUUGUUAGGAUAUUGAUGUGGUUUCAUUGUAUUGAUGUGGUGGUAUUGUUGGAAUCAGUUUUAUAUGGAGUUCAACCCAAAUGAGUUAUAAUAAAAGUUGUAUUGAAAAAUAUUGGAAAUGGAUAGUCCAUUACCAAAGCCUCGAAUAUUACCAGGUGAAGUAAAGAAACCUAUCCCAACUCCUAGACGAUCAACAAGAAGAAUAGAUGACUGCAAUAAUACAGCUUCUGAACAACCAAAAGAAGAUCAUUUUAAUUCAUUUUCCAGAAGGGUGAGUUCUUUAAGCAAUGCAUCCAAACAGAUAGCGGGAGAUAUUGGCCAGUUAGUUCAAGAUAGAAAGAAAGCUGUGAUUGAGGGUACUAGACAGAGUGUUCGUAAAAUUACGAGGCGAUUUAGUUCGAGUUCUCAGGAACCUCAUAACUCAGAGGAUCCAACUGAAUUGCAAGACGAAGAAUCUAUUGAUAUUUUUAAAUCUAUUAAAUUUGGUUCCCCAAUUUCACAAACUGAAAAUGUUUAUAAUAAUGUAAAUAAUGAUUCCGUCUCAUCAGAUGAAGGUUCAAUUGACUUACCACCUCCUUCUCAUCCACCACCUCCACUACCAGAUGAAUCAAUAUAUGAUGCCCCAGCCUCGAUUACUUCUAGUAGUAAUUCAGGCUGUUCUAACAAUCUUCAUAAAUUUGCACAUUAUGAAAGAAUAUUUCCGACAAAUCCAAAUGACAAUAAUUGUGAAACUUUCGCCGAUUUGAUAAAUCUCCAGAAAUCCGAUGGAAAAACAGAUGACGAUGCUAUAUCCAGUUCGAGUUCGUGGAAAUUGUAUGAUUCCGUUGCUGGUGACAAUUUAAAUGAAAACAAAGUAUAUAAUGUCAUCGAUAAACGCAGUAAAGAUUUAACAAAUAAUAAUAUCAGUGAAUGUGAUCAUAAUUCAAAUGGUAGCGGACAAUCUAGUGUGAAUAAAAUAAAUUCAGUGUAUGAAAAUCAUGAAAUUGUGUCUCAGGUACCAGUGACACCAAGAGCAUCAAAGAGUGUAAUAUUUCAGUUCGAUCCGCUAAAUAACAUUACGAAUAAUAUUGCAGAGUCUGCGUUAGGCCAUGUCAAUGACAUGAAAUUACUUGAAGAAUUAUUGCAAGGAGAUUUGUACGGUACUAUUUCAAACGCGCACACUAUUGAAGAUUGGAGCAUAUCAAACGAUUCUGAAAGCGAGGAUGUUGUUAGUCCUCCUACACCUCCCAUGAGAAUUGACAGCCUCCCAGAGGAAGAACUCGAACAAGUAACCAAAAAUGGUCAGAAAUCCAGAAGUAACUGGUUCACGAAUGAAAAAUCGCAACAACAGACUCACACGGAAAAUAAAAAAUAUAGUUGGCUUAAGCAGGUCAAAGAGGUUUUAGAAAAGGCACCCGACGUUGUCAGAGGUAUAAAGAAUAAAGAUAACAAUGUCGACCGACCAGCAAUAUCAGUGAAAUCGUGUGUCCAAAAAAAGGGAAUGCUUUAUAAAAUUCAAAGUGGCCCCGUUGAAGAUUUGUUUGGCGAAUACAGUGGCAGGUGGUGUGUCUUAGAAAAUUCAAAUUUCGUGUGUUACUCUGACAACACUUGUCAACACUUAAAAGAACAUUUUCGAGCAGAAAACAUAUUGAGUAUACAAAUUUUACAAGACAAAAAAUAUAAUUACAGAUAUGAUAAUGACGAUUUGCAUUGUUUUGAGUUAAAUACUACCGGGAAAGCCAGAGGUGGGCAUAUUUAUGGAUCACGUAGCGUAAGUGAAAGGAGAACUUGGAUGCAACUUAUUGCAGAGUCACUUACGAGCAGAUUUUCCACAAAAUUGACAGCGAAUUAUUCAAGGAUGGGUUGGGCUUAUGUUCGAGAAGGCGUUAGCGGGAAUUGGGUAGGAGCGUGGAUCAUUAUAACCCAAAGAGAACUUUAUUAUGCAAUCGAUAAACAAAGAGUGAAGAAAAUGGACCUUAGGAAAGCUCGAUGUAUAGUUCUUCAGUCUUAUCAAGACACAGAGAAUAAUCCGCGAACAAACGAUAAGGGACCCAACAUGUUGAUUGAUUGUCCCGACUUGGUGCUAUAUUUACGAAUGUGGACAGCGAGAGAAACUAAGGUGUGGUGUCACAUAAUCAAACUGGAAGCCCACAAUAACGGAGCUAAUUUAGACCAACAGCAACUUACCAAAAAUGAUAUACCUGUAAUUGUAGAGAAAUGUAUAAAUUAUAUAUACGCUCACGGAAGUAUGACCGAGGGCAUUUAUAGACGUGCUGGAUCUGGAUCGUUAAUUUCAGAAAUAUUGACCAAAUUCGGGAAGGAUGCGUUUGCUGUUCAACUGACGAGCGACUUAUGUACAGAACACGAAGUGGGUACGGCUUUGAAAAGAUUCUUCAGGGAUCUGCCCGAACCGUUGUUGGGAAGUAGUCAGCGUCAGUACCUUUAUGAAGUCUCAAAACAUUCAGAUGUUGAUGAAAAAGUGAGGAUGUAUAAAGCAGCGUUGGAUCAAUUGCCUUCAAUUUCUUAUAAAACAACAAGGAAAUUGCUUGGUCACUUGCAUUUUAUAAGUUCUCAAAGUGCGAAAAAUCUAAUGUCAGUUGAAAAUUUAGCGUCGAUUUGGGGGCCUACCUUAAUGCAUUCCGAAUACAAAGAAGACGCAUCAAAGACAAGCCAUGACCAUCAGCGUGACACUGAAGUUGUCGAACAACUAAUAAAAUAUUAUCGACACAUUUUUCCCGAAGACCCCGGAGAGCUCGAAAAGGAACAACAUAUGCUCAGAGUAUUAGAAAAAUAUAGCAAAUCCCCGCAGGGCGUUACGAAGAAAUCGGCGGGCGAUUUAAGGAUUUGGAUUUUUACGCAUAAUAAAGAAGGGAAAUCGUUCAAUGUAGCGAUAGGGCCCAAUAAAACUGCAUAUGAAGUAUGUCUUGAAUUGUGCGGUAAUAUUAAAUUACCGGUGCAUGAGGUUGUACUCGAGGAGAUAGUGUUAAAUGACAGAUUAUCAAGACUUAUUCACCAUGAGGAAAAGGUUUUAAAUGUAGUCUUAAAAUGGGGCUAUUGGGACGAAGCAGAUAGAAAGGACAAUUAUUUGACUAUAGCACCUCUAUCUAAAUACUGGGAAUUCUUAAUAGAGAAACCGCUACCCGUAUCAGGGGAAUUGAAAUUUGCCGAUAAUAAAUCCAAGUUAUUUAAAUUGUUAACAUUCCAAUUUUCCCAGGGGAAAUUAGCCUAUUUUAAGGAUAAAACCGGAGAAAUCUUAUUACACUCUUGGAAUGUUGAAGACAUAAUAUGGUAUUUAGGCCAUGAAUCAAAGAGAAAUCCUCAAUCGAGAUGGACUAUAACUUUUAUAGAGCUAAAGACGCAUCCAAAAAGAACUAAAAACGCGCCAUAUUUUGGUAACGUGUUGGUUUGGACCGACGCCGCUUCAAGGGCAAAUUGGUUGAGUGCUAUGUUAAAAUCGAGAUAUCCAAACAACCUUGCCCCACCGCCUAAGUUACUAUCAAUUUAAAAAUUAUACAUCGUAUACUGUUUUAUAUACAUAAAUUUUAUGCCAAAUUGUUGCCUACACGUGUUGUGCCUUAGAAAGUAUUUAUCCUAUAUUUUAUAUAAUUAUUUUAUCUAUUCCAUUAUAGUAUAUAAUUUUAUAUAUACAUU